GGUAAAGUAGAAAAAUAAAAUUAAAAUACUAAAAAGAGGUGAAAAGGCUGCCCGAUAGAAGGAAAAUUGUGUCCUAUCAAAUCUAAACAAUCGAGACCAGGCAGAGAGUCCCUCACCGUUAUUGAUCUUCACUUCACUUCAGAAAGAGAGAGGGAUGCAGAAUCAGAAUCACAAUCAGAAUCAGAAUCUGGAAGGGCAAUUACCGGAUGAGCAAACAGCUUCUCAAUUUGAAGAUUGGGCAAACUUUGGGGACGAUGAUAUCAUGCAGCAACACUCUGCAAUUCGCUCCGCCGAAGCCGAUAAAAUUCCUUUUCUCGGUGAAAAGGAACCUAUUUCUGCAUUAGCCGCUGAAUAUGAAUCUGGAAGCCCUAUUUUGAUCGAGAAGAUAAAGGUCCUCGCCGAGCAGUAUGUUGCUAUUAGGCGAACUCGCGGAGAUGGCAACUGUUUCUUUCGAAGCUUUAUGUUUUCAUACCUUGAGCAUAUUUUAGAGACACAAGACCGGGCAGAAGUUGAUCAAAUCAAAAGAAAGGUGGAAGAAUGUAGGAAAACGCUUCAGAGUUUGGGAUAUGCUGACUUUACAUUUGAGGAUUUUUUUGCGCUAUUCCUGGAGCAGUUGGACUGUGUCCUUCAGGGAAAUGAAUCUUCAAUCAGUCACGAUGAGCUCUUAAAUAGGAGUCGGGAUCAAUCAAUAUCAGACUACGUUGUCAUGUUUUUCAGAUUCGUUACCUCUGGGGAAAUACGGAAACGCUCCGAGUUUUUUGAACCAUUUAUAUUGGGGUUAAUGAAUGCAACAGUAGAACAGUUUUGCAAGUCAUCUGUGGAACCCAUGGGUGAAGAGAGUGACCAUGUGCACAUUACUGCCCUAUCAGAUGCCUUGGGUGUGCCUAUUCGCAUUGUAUACCUAGAUCGCAGUUCUUGUGAUACAGGCGGUGUUAGUGUAAAUCAUCACGAUUUCAUUCCUGCGGCUGAUGAUCUCCCAAAUUCUACUAGUGGUGAUUCCGUGACCAAGAAUCCCUUCAUUACUUUGCUUUAUCGUCCAGGUCACUAUGAUAUUCUAUAUGCAAAGUGACUUCUUGCUUACUCUGAUUGUUAAUUGAUUCCUGGCAAAUUGUGGAGCAUGAAGGUAAAAAGGGAGUCAUGACAGUAACCCUAGUGUUGUUAAGGCAAAGGCCUAAGCUCAUUUGCUUUAUGAUCUGUAGCUUCUGAAAAAUAUUCAAAUACUUCUGAACCCUUAGAGUGGGGACAGAAAUGCAAGGUUGCUAGAAAUGCCGGGGACAAUCAAUUUCACUUCAUGGAUUAAGCAUGUCCUCACCUGGUAUUUAAUUAUGACUGUGAAAUUGUUUUGCUAAAUGGGGAAAAUUUUAUGUUUUCAUGGAUUAA